GACAUUGGUUACACUGUGAAUUUCAGAGAGUUCACCCUACAAAAAUAGGUGAAAUGGAGAUCUUGCAGGAAGUAACCAAGAAAAGAAAGGCCAUCAACGAGGCAACCAAUUUGCCAAACUCCAAGAAACAAGCUUUGUUGACAUUUUCACAAAAAGGCUCUGGUGCAAGUCAGGCAACUGUGGACAGGCUGAUUUUGAACUUUGUGUGCAGUACUCUCCAACCAUUUUCUGUUGUAGAAGAUGAGUCAUUUGUGAAUCUUGUGCAAUGUUUAGCACCAGGUCGGUCUGUAAUGUGUAGGCAGACAAUGGCUGUACGCCUCAAAGAAUGUUACGAAACGCUAAAGAAGAAGCUAAUGGCGGAACUAGCUUUAGUUUCUAAUGUAGCAAUCACAGCAGAUUGCUGGAGCCAUUUUAGCCGAGCAUAUCUCGGAAUAACAGUCCACUGGAUAGACGAGGAAACUCUUCAACGUAAAUCAGCCAUGUUAACAAUCGAAAGACUUGUUGGAAGACACACCUAUGACAUCUUGGCUGCCGCCAUUCACAAGGCACUCAGAGAAUUCCAUAUACACAAUAAAGUGUUGGCUUGUGUCACUGAUAAUGGCUCCAACUUUGUAAAGGCUUUCAGCAUGUUUGGUUUACACUCGCAGACAGAUGUUAAAGAAGAUAAAGAUAAUGACGAUGAAUUAGAGAUUGUUGAUGUGUCAAGUAUUUUGGAUGAAGGUCAAAACGAGUUCCAUUACGUUCUACCUCCCCAUCAACGUUGUGCAGCACACACCUUGAACUUAGUCGCUGUAAAGGAUAGCCAAAAUGCAGAAAGUGAUCCAGCAUUCAAAAAAGUGGCCAGAUCUACAUUUGCUCGCUGUCAAGCCCUCUGGAACAAACAAAGAAGUACAGUUGCAGCUGAUUUAGUAAAGGAAAUAUUUGGAAAAUUGCUUUACACACCUUGUGCUACUAGAUGGAACAGUUUGUAUGACAGUGUAAACUGUCUCUUGUCUGUUGUUCAGCAACAUGGAGAAGACAUGCUUGAUAAGCUUGUAGAUGGUUUAGGAUUGCCACGAUUUCGGCCUGCGGAAUUGGCUUUUUUGGUAGAGUAUGCUAUGGUAAUGAAACCACUGGCACUUGCCUUGAACAUACUUCAAGCGGAAAAAAACAUGUUCGCUGGUUACCUGCAGCCAACAAUAACAAGUAUUUUAAGGGAACUUGGCAAAAAGAUGAACGACAGCAGUGUUGUUUAUUGUAGACCUUUGGCCAAAGCAUUGCAUGAGGGUGUAGACAAGCGUUUCGGUUCAAUUUUGGAAGAUAAUAAAUUGACAACAGCUGCCGACCUCAUUCCAUCACUUAAAUUUUCUUGGCUGGAAGGACAACAGAAAGAGGAAGCUGUAUCCUCCUUCAAAAAUGAAAUUGAUGCCUUCGCUAGUGGUGCAAGUUCUGCUUCUGUUAUGACAGAAGAAAAUGUGAACAGAGACGAAGAGGCAAUUUUUCUCAACAUUUUGACUACAUCAGUUUCACCUGUCUUGGAGGAAGUAAAUUCCUACUUAAUGAACAGCCAUAGCGACUUACAGUGUCUCCAACAUUACCCUAUCCUAAAAUCUGCAUUUUUAAAAUUUAACACGUCGCUGCCGUCAAGUGCUCCCGUUGAGCGUCUUUUUAGUGUUGGUAAAGAUGUUUUUGCCAUCAAGAGAGGGAAUCUAUCUGAUGAGAACUUUAAAAUGCAAUUGUUUUGUAAGGUCAAUUACAAAAUUUAAAGAGUGUUACUUUUAUUACAGGUAGUGACUUGUAUGAAGUAAUUUGAUGUUAUUGAAGCUAUUUUGUCCUAAAAUAUUAUUCAUUUAAUUAAAAAUAAUAAAUUUAAUCAUUACAUGAAA